GUGAAUAUGCAUCAAGGUGAUCAUGUUGCCGCGGAUGCCACACAUUGGUACGGCUUGCAGCUACACAAGAAAUUCGCUUCAAAUACCGAACUGACUUCCUCGUGAACUAGUAUUUGCGCAUCUCUGUGAAUUUGAAGAAAGAUUAACAACGUUUGCGCGGGAAUUUUUGAUCCGGAAGGAAGUUUGCCCGCCUGAGACGUCAGUUUGCUGGAGUUUGCUGACCCGGAUGACCGCCGGCGUGUCGGUGACAACACCAGACCUGUGACGUCAGAGCUGGGUUUAACAUUCUUUUGGCAACAAUAACAACUCUUUUAAGUCUGCCAGCAAGGAUAAGUCUCAGACACCACCAAGUUGUGAAAGACGACUGUUAGCGAAAACGUUAUAGCUUCAGUUCUAAAGCUGUGAUUGAAGUAACCGUAUUUUUGCCCACAAGUAGGUUACGCUGGUGUGAAAAAUCAUGAAGGACGCUUUUCUGGUUAUCGUGCUGUUUCAAAUUAUCUUACGGACAGAAGGAGAUUGGACUCCGGUUCUUAACAUGACAAGGACCGGCGAAGGCGACAUCUUUACCGAGAGAACGGUGUACGCCUGUACGGCGGCAUGGAACGGUUACUGUACCGAGAGACGUGCUAACCGCCUCACCUGGAGAGAGGCAGGUGGCAGACAGGUGUGCAUGUGCCAGUGUUACACCUGGUUCAACACCUACCUGUCUGACGAGGACUCCUGUACAAAUGUUCCCGCAGAUUCAGAUUGUGAAUGGAAAUUUGAAGAUGAAGGGCAGACCCUGUACAUGGUCACACCUAGCGACGGUCAAACUGGCCGGAUAGACUGGGGGGAGGAAGACGACUGGCCAGGCUCAGGGGUCACUCCGAACUCCUGCUCCGUCAGCUGGUCCUGCGAUGUCACCUCACAGACAUACCUGCAGGACGGAGAGUGGAAGGAUCUGUCGUGUCUUGGCAGAGACAUCCCGGAUGACGUUUUUGUCUUGGAUUAUGAAGAAUAUGGCAGAAAGAGAACCUGUCAGAGACAUUGGUUUGUCUCGUGGGAUGUUUCCUAUGAUGUCACACGACUAGCAGGACUGGUCAUCCACCUGGACAUCACCUGUACACGUCGCAGGUGGGGCAACAGACAGUACACCGAGUCACAGUGUCUCCGCUUCAAGACAGAAGGAACUCAUCUCUACACACCAGGACCAGGCUGUACUCCAUACACAGUGACCACACCCUCGGGCAGAGUUACCACUACACAGAGGGACCAACACACUAUUGCACCUGAGGCAGGUGUCACUACAACACAUGGGUCAGGCAUCACUACAGCACCUGGGUCAGAGACAACACAUGCAAACACUACUUCAGGAAAUGGUGACAGAGGCAGGAACAGCGGGGCAGGAGGGGGGAACACAGCAGCUGUAGCAGGUGGCGUGGCAGUGGCUGUCAUCGCUGUCCUGGCCUUACUGGGAGGGUUUGUCUUCUUCUGGAGAAGGAAACAUAAACAGAACACAGGGAAACCUUCAUCAGGAGGCCCUCAGGUAACAGUCAGUACACUGCAAAACCCAGGGUACCGUGUCCACAUAUCAGCCCCUCUGAGUCAGAAUGUCAGGAUUAGUUCAGAUUCAACAGGAUAUGUGGACAAUGCUUCAUAUGUGGGAUAUAACACAGGAGGCAGUGUGGACAACGCUAUCUACGAGGGGAAUCAACCAGAGUAUGCCUACACCGAUGUAGUUGUUCCCUCUGCACCAAAACGUGAUGCAACCUACCAGCCCUACCAACCCUACGACCAGGUGCCUCAGGACAACCUGUACAGCUCUCCAGAUGCAGACAACGUCUACACGCAGUUAGACGGCACCCAGGAUCGACAAGUCCCAUCGGCGCCACCGCUACCGUAUGCAGAACCCACAGGGACAAACCAUUAUACAUCCCUCCUGGAGGGGCAGGAGAACGUGUACCAGGAUUUGGGACCACAGUAUGAGGAACUUCCUGCAUUCAGUAAAGGGACGGACUCAGAGCCUUCUAAGUCACCUCAUGGUUUUAACGUCAACAGGCAACACCGGAUCGGGUUCAACAUGACAACAUUACAUGCCAACCUCAUCAAGGUUGCAGUACUCGUGUACUGCCUCUCCUGUUUUAACAUCGUAACAACUAAACACCAACCAAGGUCUGCAAGAAGCUUAAGAAGACGAAGAAGACGAACUGGCGGUAGUUCAGACGCCAGCUCAGCAACUGAUACCGCAAAUCCAACAAUGCAGGCAAUGGCAAACCCAACAAUGCAGGGAAUGGCAAACCCAACAAUACAGGGAACGGCAAACCCAACAAUGCAGGGAAUGGCAAACCCAACAAUGCAGGGAAUGGCAAACCCAACAAUACAGGCAAUGGCAAACCCAACAAUACAGGCAAUGGCAAACCCAACAAUGCAGGGAAUGGCAAACCCAACAAUACAGGCAAUGGCAAACCCAACAAUACAGGGAAUGGCAAACCCAACAAUGCAGGGAAUGGCAAACCCAACAACACAGAGGACGGCAAACCCAACAAUACAGGGGAUGGCAAACCCAACAAUACAGGGAAUGGCAAACCCAACAAUACAGGGGAUGGCAAACCCAAGAACAAACUGUAGACGCAUCAAUACAAGUAAACUGAAGCAGGCCUGUGAACGCACUAAAGUCAUCCCCCGCUGCAACUGCACAGGAAACGGCAAACGAAGCGUAUGCAUGAUUCAGUGUACAUCACAGAGGGUCCAACAGCUUGAAAAUGAGCUUAAGAAAGGAGCUAAUCCAGCGGACAUCAUUUCUGAUUUAGCAGAAAGUCUGGUUGAAGCAGACAUGAACAUAUUAGGACGUCACGUCAGAAGAAGUAUUGGGCUACUCCGGAGUCUGGUGGAGGCUCAAGAACGUCGAUUGAACAACGAGUCUCAAGAAAUAACGAGAGAACAGGCCGUUGGUUUUGCAAAGGCAAUGAUAGCAUGUGGAAGUGCUCUGUUGAGAAACCACACUAACUUAUCGUGGAAAAACAUUUCAGAGGACCCCUGGUCUGAAGAGGCAUCAGGAAUUCUACUAGUAGAUAGUUCAGAGAGGGCAGGUAUACUUUUGGCCAGGACUGUGCCGAAUGAAUCCCACUGGAUCUCUGAGGAAAAUAUAGUGAUGGCAAUCAAGAAUGGCACUACGGGACCAGCCACCUUUCCGGAUCUUGGUAAUUCGUCUUUUUGGGCCGAUGUAAAAGACGGAAUCACCCUGCCGAGAACACAACAUCAUGUCAUCUCUGCAAUGUACAAAAAUGUUGGACAGUAUUUCAAACCCAAGUCAGUGAACAGGACCGUCAACUCCAGGAUCAUUUCGGCAACCCUAGUAAACACUACACUAGUAAACGGAAACUCUACCACUGGACCCAGUAUCGAUGGUAAUGUUACCAUCGUUUUGGAGCAUACCGAGCAGACAUUCAACGGUUCGACACAAUGUGUUUUCUGGGACGUCUUCCACGGCAAUUGGUCGGGUGAGGGUUGUACUACGGCUACGACAAACACAACCCACACGAUCUGUGAGUGCAACCAUCUCACAAGCUUCGCUAUUCUGGUGGACACGACAGGACAGCACAGUACGAUAGGAGAACAGCAUUCAUUCGCCCUGAGUGUGAUCACCUACAUCGGCUGUAUCAUCUCCAUCGUGUGUCUCUUCUUCUGCAUUUGCGUCUUUCUUGGGUUUAGACGAGUCCGCUGCACCAGAACCAUCAUCCAUGCAAACCUGUGUAUCUGUCUGCUGGUCGCUGAAGUAGUCUUCCUGGCUGCAGUAGACAAAACAGAAAACGCGGUUGUUUGUGAGGUGAUCGCCAUCGUGCUUCACUACCUGUUCCUGGCCGUGUUCACCUGGAUGUGUGUAGAAGGAGUGGAGCUGUACGUCUUACUGGUCAAGGUCUUCAACUUAAAAAUGAACAGGCUGAUCUACUAUCACCUGGUCGGAUAUGGCGCACCAGCACUGGUGGUAGCCAUUUCAGUUACCUACAAUUACUUUGUUGAUGUCAAUAAAAAAGAGCCCGAUGAGAAGGACGAUGACGAUGAUGGAUACUUUGAUGGUUACGGCACAGACACAUAUGUGAGAAGGCUAUUGAAUAUUUGCAGGUUCUGGAUCCGCGUGUCGCUGGCCCUGGUGUGUAUUUUGGGUCUCACCUGGGUGUUCGGUGUGCUGUACAUCAGCAACGAGACCCUAGUGUUUGCCUACGUCUUCACCGUCAUCAACUCCCUCCAAGGUUUAUUCAUUUUCAUUUUCCACUGCCUGCUGAACGAAAUGGUUCAAGAUGAGAUAGAACGCCGGUUUGGUGUCCGAUGCCCCUGCUGGUCCAAGAAGAAAAGGCAGAAGACGGUGAAGAGACAGAGCCGACGAACUGCAAGGGCUCCACAGCAGCAAGAGAUCUGGCUGGGUGACUUCACAGACACAAAGGACAGCCACAGCUCCACGCACGGCUCCCUCCAGACAAACAUGUCUUCAGAAGACACCCUCGACAAACUGGACGAUGAGGGUUUCGUAGAAAAUUCCACCUACGAGGACGGUGCCGGGACUGAGGGCUCAGUAGACAAUGUCAUAUACGAAGGGGGAGCUGGUUAGAUUCAAUAGAAGGUAAAUUACUGAGACAAAACGUUCCAUACACACC